UUCUGGGCGCCAGGGUCUGCACCGAAACAUGGCAGAGGUUGGGUCCAAGUCAGUGCUGUUCGUGUGUCUCGGUAACAUCUGCCGGUCACCCAUUGCAGAAGCAGUGUUCAGAAAAUUGGUAACUGAUGAAAACGUUUCAGAUAACUGGGCCAUUGACAGCAGCGCCGUUUCCGACUGGAACGUGGGCCGGCCCCCAGACCCAAGAGCUGUCAGCUGCCUAAGAAAUUAUGGCAUUAGCACAGCCCAUAAGGCAAGACAGAUUACAAGAGAAGACUUUGCCACAUUCGAUUAUAUACUGUGUAUGGAUGAAAGCAAUCUGAGAGAUCUGAAUAGAAAAAGUAAUCAAGUUAAAAACUGCAAAGCUAAAAUCGAGCUACUUGGGAGCUAUGAUCCACAGAAGCAGCUCAUUAUUGAAGAUCCCUAUUAUGGCAAUGACUCUGACUUCGAGGUGGUGUACCAGCAAUGCCUUAGUGCCAAGGCCUUCCUGGAGAAGACUCACUAG